AUGAAACGACAAAGAACGAUAUUACCUGAAAAGCGGCAAAGUAAUGGUGUUAGGUGUUUGAGGCUCGAUUAUCUUGAAAAACCGUUCUAUGAUCGUGGUGUCGUUGAAAUGAUGGACUUUCUUUGGGAUUUUGAGAAACACGGUGAAUUAAAAAGGUGGAAUGAUAAUAUAAAACGAAAGAGGGUCGUAUUGUACGUGUCGAAGAAUCAAAGGCCGUGGUUGCGCAAGAUGAUCAAAGCAUGUGAUACGUGGUACGGUUUGAAGAAGGCAAUGAUUAAAGGAGUUGUGGAAGUAGAAGAAAAGAUUAAUCGUCUGACGCAAAUAAAGCAGCAAGAUGAAUCCGUAUUGAUAUAUACUUACCGUUAUGAAAUGGAAGUUGCGCCGAUAAGACAUGCGAUUCGUGAUUAUGAAGAGAUGUUCUGGUUUAUAUUUGGAUUAAAGGAAUCAUACCGAUGGGAGGUUGAAAUGAUGUGUCCAAUGACAUAUGAAGAAGCAAAGAAUUUCGCAUUGAUAGUUGAAGCCGGAGAUGAUCAAGAAAAC